CCCACGUCGCUGUCGCGUCCCGCCGGUGGCUUCCUCCUCUUCCCACGGGCCACGGCGACGCGCCACCGUCUCCCUCCCGUCCGCUAGGUCCAAAGUCUCCUCUACAUACAAGCUAGAAUAGCUUAAACCCGCGCGUCCUCAACCGCAAGGUCCUGGUGCGAGCUCCAAGAACCGAGGAGGAGCCAGCCGCGGCGGGGACGAUCGAUCGAUGGAGGCUGCGGUGGCGGUGGCGGUGGAGGACGAGAACAAUAGGAAGGUGUUCGUCGUGGUGCCGGCGGAGCGCAGGGCGGGGCGGUCGACGCUGUCGUGGGCUCUCGGCCAUCUCUGCGGCGGAGCCACAGCCACCACGGUCGUCGUCACGCACGUGCACGUCCCGCCGCAGAUGAUCCCCGUCAGUACGUGCUCGCCUUCAUCGCGCAUGCAUGUUUCCGGCCGGCAUCUACGGAUGGAGCGCGACAAGGCGGACAAGAUGCUGGACGACUACGUCCAUGAGUGCCGGAAAACCAAGGUGAGGUGUGAGAAGCUGGUGAUUGAGAAGGAGGAUGUCGCGUCCGGCCUCGUCGAGCUCAUUGGCUUGCGCGGGAUCACCGAGCUGGUGGUUUCGGCUGCCGCGGACCGGCAGUACUCCACAAAACUUGACAGGCCUACUUGCAGGACAGCAGCAGCGAUAAUGCAGAGAGCUGAUCCAUCGUGCAAGAUCUGGUUCGUCUGCAAGGAGCAGUUAAUCUGCACAAGGGAAGCGAAAGUAGAGAUUGCAUCAUCUGCUGUCACUGCACCGUUGCUCCCUAAUCCUGGCCAUGAAGUCCUUCGUUUGUCAACUCACCAGGAAGAGGAUGAUGAUGACAUUGAGGUUGAAUUGGGGUUCUAUGAUGAACUCACGGAGGCAUGCAGAGCAGCCGAGGACCUGAUGAACAGAGCUCUAAACGAAUCCCGCAGGCGCCACAAGGCAGACGAAGAAGUGGCCACAUCUCUCCUGAAAGCCAAAGAGCACGAGGAGCUGUACCUGGAGGAGGUGAAGAAGAGGGAGGAGCUCGAGGCAGCCCUGGCGAGAGCAGAGAAAGAAAUUUCAGAGCUACGACAGGCAAUCCAGCGGGACACGGUCGAGGAGGAAUCCGGGGAGGCGACGGCGACGAUGUCGGCCCCGGGACUGCAAAGCACGAGCAAGGAAGAACCGGAGGCGGUGCUCUGGCACUGCCAGUGCCAGUGUCAGAGGAAGCUGGCCGCCUCGUCGUCUCCGUCCUCGGUCAUCAUACCAUGGUCGCCUCGUGCCGACGAAGAUGGGUUCACCUGCGAAGCCGGCGUGGCCGGGUGCUGCUGGCUCGACGGGAUGCCGUCGCCCGAAGGCGUGGCCGUCGCCGGCGUCGCCCUACCGCUCGCGCGCCCCAGUUUUGCCCUCCGUGCCGCGGUCGAGGAAUACACGAGGCGGCAGCAGCAGCAGCAGCGGUGCCCGUUUCCUUGAAUGUAUUUUCGAUCACUCACGCUCACCUGCCAAUCGCGUGAUGCAAUCCAUCCAAGAGGAUGCCCGAUGUUGUGCUCGAGCCGACACCACCGCGAUAGGAUACGUCAUCUCGGAGAGUUAGCCUUGCGUAGGACUUUGGGGAUGAGCACUCCCUCCUCCUCGUGCUCGGGCCAUCAUGUUUGCGCCUGCUAGUGUAUGUAAUGUGAGGUAUCUAAUCUGUGCUAUGCUUCUGCUCCAUCUAUCGAUGAAAUGAUAUGCAAGCUUUGCAUAUUCGCGAAAAAAUAAAAUGGUCUGGUGCGUGGUAGUGG